UUUCACCUAAUUGCCCAGUUCAUGUCCGGACUUUGCUAAAACACAUUCAUCACAGGCGCGGACGGCUGACUAUAGUGAAACAUUGUAGUAGUAAUCACUGAGCCGCUCCUCAAUCGAUCCGCUGCAUCUCCGUCUUACAAUUAUACAGACGUCGGAUCAUGAGACGCCUCCUGUAUGCGAGCCUACGACUCUGCAUUCUGCACAACGGGCCGCCGCAUAGAAGCUCGGGCUGUACUCGGAUGAGAAGCCGCCUUCUCACAUAGCCAAAGCCCGUCCCGUGGUCACCCCGUCAUUCAUGGGGCGACGCAGGAGAGGCAUGCUUUGCUACCAGGUCGUGGACCCGCUAGAUAUAUAUCUCCAACGUAGACGUGCGCAGAGUUCGCCCGAGGGUCAGCCAUGAAGUUCUUCUCGCUCCUGCUCCCUGCUCUCUCCCUGUUGCUCCCCGCGCACGCGCAGAACCAGAUCGUAUCUGGUGCGGCGUGGACGGACACCAGCGGGAAUGCAAUUCAAGCUCACGGUGCUGGAAUCCUCGAGGUCGGCGGCACUUUCUACUGGUUUGGCGAAGACAAGUCCCUCAAUAGCGCCUUGUUCAAGGCUGUCUCGUGUUACACUUCUACUGACUUGGUGAACUGGUCCCGCCAAAAUGACGCGCUCUCGCCCAUUGCUGGAACCAUGAUUUCCACCUCCAACGUUGUCGAACGGCCGAAGGUCAUUUUCAACCAGAAGAACUCCGAAUAUGUCAUGUGGUUCCAUUCCGACACCUCCGACUAUGGCGCUGCAAUGGUCGGAGUAGCGACGGCGAAGACUCCAUGCGGGCCGUUCACCUAUAUGGGCAGCUUCAAGCCGCUUGGAGCUGACUCUAGGGACGAAAGCAUCUUCCAAGAUAGUGAGUCCGCACAAACGGCCUACCUGCUGUACGCGUCCGAUAACAACCAGAACUUUAAGAUAUCGCAGCUCGACGCCAACUACUACAACGUGACUACCCAGGUCAGCAUCAUGGACGGGGCGACCCUGGAGGCACCCGGUAUCGUGAAGCGCAACGGGGAAUACUUCCUGAUCGCAUCUCACACGAGCGGCUGGGCACCUAACCCGAACAAAUGGUUCUCCGCGUCGUCGCUCGCGGGGCCCUGGAGCGCGCAGCAGGACAUCGCGCCGUCCGCGACGCGGACGUGGUACUCGCAGAACGCGUACGACCUGCCGCUCGGCUCGAGCACGAUCUACAUGGGCGACCGCUGGCGGCCGGACCUCCUGGGCAGCAGCCGGUACAUCUGGUAUCCGCUUGAUUUCUCGAGCGGCGCGCCGCAGAUCGUUCACGCGGACGUGUGGAGUGUGAACGUCCAGGCAGGGACGUACUCGGUCGCGAGUGGGACAACGUAUGAAGCUGAGAACGGGCAACGCGGAGGAUCCUCGACCAUUUUGUCCAGUUCGGCGUUUUCUGGUGGAGAGGCCGUGGGAUAUCUCGGCCACGGUGGGACGGUUACGAUCGACAAUGUCCAGAGCAAUGGUGGCUCGCAUUGGGUCGCGCUGUACUAUGCGAACGGCGAUUCCACAUACAGGAACGUUACCGUCAGUGUGAACGGUGGGCCAACUGUGCUCGUCGACCAGCCUGAUACUGGAGGCGGCAACGUGGUCAUCAGCGUACCUGUGAUGGUUAGUUUGAAUAGCGGCGCGAACUCGAUCACAUUCGGAUCUGGGCAGAGUAACUACGCUGGCGAUCUUGACAAGAUCGUUGUGUAUUGAACAACCGCAGCGUUGACAAAGUUCUGGUGGGAAGGAGGUUAAUAAAGGGUGCGGGGCCCUGAGCAUGUGGGCGCCGUCCUUCCAAGAUGUUCUCCCGCAACCGCAGUUUCCCUAGCGGUCUUACGUACCUUGCUUCGUAUAUAGGCUUCCCUAAAGUAUCAUCCAUAUCAACCGGGUACAUCGCGCCACGGUCUCGCGCCGUGUUUGUUU